AUGAAGAAUCACACGCUGCUGAAAGAGUUCGUUCUACUGGGAAUACCUCAGACAGAGGGACUGGAGACCAUGCUCUUUGUCAUCUUCUCAUUCAUCUACCUCUUCACCCUGCUUGGAAAUUUGCUUAUCCUUAUAGCAAUAAUUUCUUCCUCUACCCUUCACACCCCUAUGUAUUUCUUCUUGGGAUCCCUGUCUAUUUUUGACAUGUUGUUUCCAUCUGUAAACUGUCCCAAGAUGCUGUCCUAUCUCUCCGGCCAGAGUCGAGUCAUCUCUUAUAAGGGAUGUGCUGCACAGCUCUUCUUCUACCAUUUCCUGGGUUCUACUGAAGGCUGCCUCUAUUCUGUGAUGGCUUAUGACCGCUUUGUUGCCAUCUGUCACCCACUGAGGUAUAUGCUCAUCAUGAAACCUGGGAUCUGUGUCAGUUUGGUCAUGGGAGCCUGGCUGGUGGGUUGUCUUCAGGCUACCAUCCUGACCUCCUUUACCUUUCAGUUAACCUACUGUGGACCCAAUCAGGUGGACUACUUCUUCUGUGACAUUCCUGCUGUUUUACCCCUGGCUUGUACUGAAAGUGCUCUGGCCCAGAGAGUGGGUUCCAUUAAUGUUGGCCUUCUGGCUCUAAUGCUUUUGUUCAGUGUCUGUGUCUCCUACACUCGCAUUGGGAUUGCCAUUUUGAGAAUCCAUUCAGCAGAGGGCAGGCAGAAAGCUUUCUCCAUCUGCAGUGCCCACCUCACUGCAAUCCUCUGUGCCUAUGGACCUGUAAUCCUCAUCUAUGUGCAGCCUGCACCCAACCCCUUGCUUGGUGCCAUGGUGCAGAUAUUAAAUAAUAUUGUCUCACCCAUGCUGAAUGCGUUAAUCUAUUCCUUAAGGAACAAGGAAGUGAAAAGAUCUCUGAGAAGGGUGUUCCUAAAUGUGUUUACUGUUCAGGAAUAA